AUGAAUUCUGCUGAUGCACAAGGUAUUCUUGGUUUGACAAAGGAUGAUAGCGUUGUGUCGUUUAGUGGUGGACUUGUCGAUGUUGACAAAAAGAAAAAGAAAGUGGAAAAUCAAUUGAAAAGGCCUGAAGGCAUGCAUAGAGAAGUAUUUAAUUUGUUAGAUAGGGAAAGGAAUAUUGCUUCGUUAAUGCCGUCUACAACAAAGAAUAGUGGAUAUCGAAAUCAAAAAGCCAGAAUUGGCAUGCGGAGUGUUCGACCUUGGUUUUGGCAUCCUUUUGAAAAUGCUGCAAGGGAAGAUGGAUUACAGUUAUUUCAUUGGCAAAGAAGUGAUCGAAUUGAAGCCGCACAAAUUUAUCCUUUCGCUCGUUUCAAUAAAGUUAUAAAUAUUCCAUGUUUCACAGACGAAGAAUACGACAAAUACUUAAUAUCUAAUAAAUGGACAAAAACUGACACCAUUCAUCUUUUUGAUUUAUGUCGUCAAUUUGAUUUAAGAUGGGUAGUCAUCGUAGAUCGAUGGGAAGGUUCAGUGAAGCGGACUAUGGAAGAGAUGAGAGAGCGAUUCUAUAAUGCAGUUAAUGAUUUGAAUGUUGCUAAAGGUGAGAUGACUGAAUUGUUGAGCUAUGAUGCUGAGCAUGAAAAAAGAAGAAAAGAGCAGUUAAUCAAAUUGUGGAAUCGUACUGACGCUGAGAUUGAAGAAGAAGAAAUGCUGUUAGCGGAACUAAAGAAAAUUGAAGUAAGACGUAGGGAACGUGAAAGGAAAGCGCAGGAUCUUCAGAAAUUGAUAACUGCUGGUGAAAGGGUUUCAGCUUCUCCAGCGAAUAAUUCGUCUGUUCAUUCUUCAGCUGCAAUUUUGAAAAAGAAAACGAACUUUAGGCCUAAAGUUUCGUCGGUCAGUGCUGGUCAACCCAGUAAUGGAAAUUUUAUAGCUGUUAGUGGUUUUAAAUGUUAUUUUUUUUUAUUUCCACUUGUUAAAUUCAGAGGUCAUAUUUUUCGAUGUUUUUCAUCCGCAAAAAUUACUUUUAAAAUAAAAUCGGAAAAAAAUUUAAAAUUCUAUUACCAGGAACAUUCUUUACUGCGGUUUCCUGAAUUCCGUUCAUCUGGCGCUCAUUUACGUAGUCAAGAAAUGAAAUUGCCUACAAACAUUGGUCAGAAAAAAUUAAAAAAUAUUGAAACAGUUAUUGAUAAACUGAAAUUAGGUACCCCUAUUUUCCUUUAUUUUAAAAUUUUGUUCAAUUUUUUUAAAAUCGAUAAUUUAAAAUUCGGAUUUACCGAAUUAUUGCCAUCUGGAGCGGAAGAUAUCGUGACUGGAUUCAAUGAAUUACGUUCAAGUGUUGUUCUCCUGCAAGAAUUAAAGCACAUGUUACAAACAGCUGAAUAUGAAUUAGAAUCACUUCGUACUCGCUAUAACACGUUAACCGGCAAGACAUUUAAUAUAGAACCACGUAUGCGAGUUGCAACCAUUGGUGAAACUGGCUAUCGUGAAUCAACCGAUAUGUCAGGAGUUCCAUCUUCAAGUCGUACGAUUACGGAUAUGAUAGAAUUAUCAUCGUCAUUGCCACAAACGGUUAGCCAUUUUACUGUAUUGCUUAUACGAAAGCGGAAAUCUAAUUUUCCCUCUUCUUUAUCACCCGGUGGCUUUGAUUCAAGACGUUCUAGAAGAACAUAA